GCACCCCGCCCGACGCCCGGAACCAGCUGAGCACACAGCUGGACCGAGCAGCCGCUGUCGCCAGCGCCGUCGCAGCAGUGCUGCGUUCCCUUUCCGCCUGGAGAAGAAACUUCUGACUGAACGUCGACGCCACUCUGUGAUUAGAAGCCCUGUCUCUGGGUCUCCAUCACUUUUCAGGUACCACCGACUCUUCUUUGGCUGUGACUCGGCAGCUGUCACGGCAUCUCCUCACAGAGUGGCUCUCUUCUCCUUGCACAGCCCUGUAAGCCCAGCACCAUGGUGGUGGAGCACCCCGAGUUCCUCAAGGCAGGGAAGGAGCCUGGCCUGCAGAUCUGGCGUGUGGAGAAGUUUGACCUGGUACCUGUGCCCCGCAACCUCUAUGGAGACUUCUUCACGGGUGACGCAUAUCUCAUCCUGAAGACAGUGCAGUUGAGGAAUGGGAAUCUGCAGUAUGACCUCCACUACUGGCUGGGUAACGAGUGCAGCCAGGAUGAGAGUGGGGCGGCCGCCAUCUUUACUGUGCAGCUGGAUGACUAUCUGAACGGCCGGGCUGUGCAGCACCGUGAGGUCCAGGGCUUUGAGUCCUCCACCUUCCUCGGCUACUUCAAGUCCGGACUGAAGUACAAGAAAGGAGGCGUGGCAUCUGGAUUCAAACAUGUGGUACCCAAUGAGGUGGUGGUACAGAGGCUCCUACAGGUCAAAGGACGCCGUGCAGUCCGCGCCACCGAGGUGCCUGUGUCCUGGGACAGCUUCAACAAUGGUGACUGCUUCAUUCUGGACCUGGGAAACGAUAUCUAUCAGUGGUGUGGCUCCAGCAGCAACAGAUUUGAAAGGCUGAAGGCCACACAGGUGUCCAAGGAUAUCCGGGACAACGAGAGGAGUGGCCGUGCCCGAGUACACGUGUCGGAAGAGGGUGGAGAGCCAGAAGCGAUGCUUCAGGUGCUGGGCCCCAAGCCAACCCUGCCUGCAGGUACCGAGGACACAGCCAAGGAGGAUGCAGCCAAUCGAAAGCUGGCCAAGCUCUACAAGGUCUCCAACGGUGCAGGCAGCAUGUCAGUCUCCCUCGUGGCUGAUGAGAACCCAUUCGCCCAGGGCGCCUUGAAAUCUGAGGACUGUUUCAUCCUGGACCAUGGCCGAGAUGGGAAAAUCUUUGUCUGGAAAGGCAAGCAGGCCAACAUGGAGGAGCGGAAGGCUGCCCUCAAAACGGCCUCAGACUUCAUCACCAAGAUGGAAUACCCCAGGCAGACUCAGGUUUCAGUCCUUCCAGAGGGUGGCGAGACCCCGCUGUUCAAGCAGUUCUUUAAGAACUGGCGGGACCCAGACCAGACAGAUGGCCCUGGCCUGGGCUACCUCUCCAGCCACAUUGCCAACGUGGAGCGGGUGCCUUUCGAUGCUGCAACACUGCACACCUCCACGGCCAUGGCCGCCCAGCAUGGCAUGGACGAUGACGGCACUGGCCAGAAGCAGAUCUGGAGGAUCGAAGGCUCCAACAAGGUACCAGUGGACCCUGCCACAUACGGGCAGUUCUAUGGAGGUGACAGCUACAUCAUUCUGUACAACUAUCGCCAUGGUGGCCGCCAGGGACAGAUCAUCUACAACUGGCAGGGCGCCCAGUCUACCCAGGAUGAGGUCGCUGCGUCCGCCAUCCUGACUGCCCAGCUGGAUGAGGAGCUGGGAGGAACACCUGUCCAGAGCCGAGUGGUCCAAGGCAAGGAGCCUGCACACCUCAUGAGCUUGUUUGGUGGGAAGCCUAUGAUAAUCUACAAGGGUGGCACCUCCCGAGAUGGUGGGCAGACAACCCCUGCCAGUACCCGCCUCUUCCAAGUCCGAGCCAGCAGCUCUGGAGCCACCAGGGCCGUGGAGGUGAUGCCGAAGGCCGGUGCUCUGAACUCCAACGAUGCCUUUGUGCUGAAAACCCCCUCAGCUGCCUACCUGUGGGUGGGUGCAGGAGCCAGUGAGGCCGAGAAGACCGGGGCCCAGGAGCUGCUGAGGGUGCUGAGAGCCCAGCCCGUGCAGGUGGAGGAAGGCCGCGAGCCAGAUGGCUUCUGGGAGGCUCUGGGUGGGAAGACUGUCUACCGCACAUCCCCAAGGCUGAAGGACAAGAAGAUGGAUGCCCAUCCUCCUCGCCUCUUUGCCUGCUCCAACAGGAUCGGGCGCUUUGUGAUCGAAGAGGUUCCCGGAGAGCUUAUGCAGGAAGACCUGGCUACUGAUGACGUCAUGCUCCUGGACACCUGGGACCAGGUCUUUGUCUGGGUUGGAAAGGACUCACAGGAAGAGGAAAAGACAGAAGCCUUGACUUCUGCUAAGCGGUACAUCGAGACGGACCCAGCUAACCGGGACAGGCGGACCCCCAUCACUGUCGUGAGGCAGGGCUUUGAGCCUCCAUCCUUUGUGGGCUGGUUCCUCGGCUGGGAUGACAACUACUGGUCGGUGGAUCCACUGGACAGGGCCCUGGCUGAGCUGGCUGCCUGAGUAAGGACCAGAGCCACCAAUGUCACCAGUCAGUGCCUUUGAGAAUUGUCCGUCUCCCAAAGAGAUCCUGCGGCCAGCAGGAUAACUCUGUGUGUGUGUGUGUGUGUGUGUGUGUGUGUGUGUGUGUAUGUGUGUUUGUUUUUUUACAGUAGCCAAAACCAGCCCUGGGAAAAUUCAGGGUCUUUUCAAAAUUGCCUCAAGUAUCCGUGCUUUGGGAAUUAAGUUCAAUAAAAGCUUUUUGAAGUGUGUUC